AUGAAGAGAAAAGAAGAAGAAGAGAAAGAAGAGGAAGAAGACUAUGAUGAGGAGACAGGACAGGCCCUAAGAAGCUGCAUGAAAACCAUAUUUUCUACCACCACCAGACAAUCCAAGAAAAACUUCAAAGAUGGUGAAAGAAGUCCCUGCAUAAUGCCGACAUUGGAGAGAAGAGGAAGAAGAAGAGGGGGAAGCAGAGGCAGGACAGGCCCUAAGAAGCUGCAUGAAAACCAUAUUUUCUACCACCACCAGACAAUCCAAGAAAAACUACAAGGAUGGCGGAAGAAGUCCCUGCAUAAGGUCGACAUUGAAGAGAAGAGGAAGAAGAGGAAAGGAGGGCAGAUAAUGUCGACAAUGAAGAGAAAAGAAGAAGAGAAAGAAGAGGAAGAAGACCAUGAUGAGGAGACAGGACAGGCCCUAAGAAGCUGCAUGAAAACCAUAUUUUCUACCACCACCAGACAAUCCAAGAAAAACUUCAAAGAUGGUGAAAGAAGUCCCUGCAUAAUGUCGAUAUUGAAGAGAAGAGGAAGAAGAAGAAGGAAGGGCAGUAUAGUUAGGACAGUAACAAAAUUCUUAGGAGACAGGACAGGCCCUAAAAAGCUGCAUGAAAACCAUAUUUUCUACCACCACCAGACAAUCCAAGAAAAACUACAAAGAUGGUGGAAGAAGUCCCUGCAUAAUGUCGAUAUUGAAGAGAAGAGGAAGAAGAAGAAGAUGAAGGAAAAGGAGAGACAGGUCCUAAGAAGCUGCAUGAAAACCAUAUUUCCUACCACCACCAGACAAUUCAAGAAAAACUACAAAGAUGGUGAAAGAAGUCCCUGCAUGGAAGACAUUUCAACGAUCCAGGAUAAUGUUGACAUUGAAGAGAAGAAAAAGAAGAAGAGGAAGGAGCAGAAGAGGCAGGUCCUAAGAAGCUGCUUGAAAACCAUAUUUCCUACCACCACCAGACAAUGCAAGAAAAACUACAAAGAUGGUGAAAGGAGUCCCUGCAUGGAAGACCUUUCAACGAUCCAGGAUAAUGUUGACAUUGAAGAGAAGAAAAAGAAGAAGAGGAAGAAGGAGCAGAAACAAUUCAAGAAAUACUACAAAGAUGGUGAAAGAAGUCCCUGCAUGGAAGACAUUUCAACGACCCAGGAUAAUGUUGACAUUGAAGAGAGGAAAAAAAAGAGGAGAAAGAAGAAGAAGAGGAAGAAGGGGAGGCAGGUCCUAAGAAGCUGCUUGAAAACCAUAUUUCCUACCACCACCAGACAAUGCAAGAAAAACUACAAAGAUGGUGAAAGGAGUCCCUGCAUGGAAGACCUUUCAACGAUCCAGGAUAAUGUUGACAUUGAAGAGAAGAAAAAGAAGAAGAGGAAGAAGGAGCAGAAGAGGCAGGUCCUAAGAAGCUGCUUGAAAACCAUAUUUCCUACCACCACCAGACAAUGCAAGAAAAACUACAAAGAUGGUGAAAGGAGUCCCUGCAUGGAAGACAUUUCAACGAUCCAGGAUAAUGUUGACAUUGAAGAGAAGAAAAAGAAGAAGAGGAAGAAGGAGCAGAAGAGACAGGUCCUAAGAAGCUGUUUGAAAACCAUAUUUCCUUACACCACCAGACAAUUCAAGAAAAACUACAAAGAUGGUGAGAGAAGUCCCUGCAUGGAAGACAUUUCAACCAUCCAGGAUAAUGUUGACAAUGAAGAGAAUAAAAAAAAGAAGAAGAAGAAGAGGAAGAAGGAGCAGAAGAGACAGGUCCUAAGAAGCUGCUUGAAAACCAUAUUUCCUACCACCACCAGACAAUUCAAGAAAUACUACAAAGAUGGUGAAAGAAGUCCCUGCAUGGAAGACAUUUCAACGAUCCAGGAUAUUGUCGACAUUGAAGAGAAGAAAAAGAAGAAGAGGAAGAAGGAGCAUAAGAGUCAGGUCCUAAGAAGCUGCUUUAAAACCAUAUUUCCCACAACCACCAGACAAUUCAAGAAAAACUACAAAGAUGGUGAAAGAAGUCCCUGCAUGGAAGACAUUUCAACGACCCAGGAUAAUGUUGACAUUGAAGAGAAGAAAAAGAAGAGAAAGAAGAAGAGGAAGAAGGUGCAGAAGAGACAGGUCCUAAGAAGCUGCAUGAAAACCAUAUUUCCUACCACCACCAGACAAUCCAAGAAAAACUACAAAGAUGGUGAAAGAAGUCCCUGUAUGGAAGACAUUUCAACGAUCCAGGAAAAUGUUGACAUUGAAGAGAAGAAAAAAAAGAAGAGAAAGGAGAAGAAGAGGAAGAAGGAGCAGAAUGCUAUACUACAAGUACCGACCGGAGACCAUCCUAGAGAAGCUUUAUUUUUAGGUAUAGUUAGGACAGUGAGAAAACUCCUAGGAAGCUGCAUGAAAACCAUAUUUUCUACUACCACCGGAGAAUCCAAGAAAAACUACAAAGAUGGUGGAAGAAGUCCCUGCGUGAAAGACAUUUCAACGAUCGAGGAUAAUGUCGAGAAGAAGCAGAGGAAGAAGAAGAAGUUGAAGGAGAAGAAGAAGAAGAAGAUCCGACCAUCAGUGACGAUGCAACAUAUCACGGGAGGAUGUCAAAUGUCCAUAUUUCCUACCACCACCAGACAAUCCAAGAAAAACUACAAAGAUGGUGGAAGAAGUCCCUGCAUGGAAGACAUUUCAACGAUCCAGAUUGGAGAAGACGAAGAAGAAGAACAAGAAAGUUUAAUUACCUUAUAA